AUGCUGAAGCAUUUUUAUCAAAUACUGGUGAUACUUUUGUCUCCAAAGGUUUUCAACCCAAUCAACUCCAACUUUUAUAUCCGCUACAAAAAACAUUUAAUUCUUGCAUUACUUUUAGCAUCUGGUUCUUAUCUAAUAUAUUUUUUCAAGUAUUCUUCAGAGUUGGAUCAUCCAACUUCUCGACCUUUACUAUCUCAAGACUAUUUUACCACUUUUAAAAUCACAUAUAAAAAAGAUAUCGAUGAUGAUCAUUUUUUAUUAGAAUUAUCCCCCAAAUAUAAAUUAUCCAAAUAUCGUCAAAAAUACCAAAAUCAGUAUAAAGAGUUAUGGAAUGGUCAUAGAAUAUGGUCUGUCGAAUUUAAACAACCGGAUAUUAUGAUUGCCAGAAAAUACACCCCUCUACCAAUUCUUCUAUCUGAAUCAAAUUCUUUAGCUCUUGAUAUUCCUGAUCUAAUUAAGUUGCAAAAUGAUGAGGAAGAUCCUGACUCCAAGAAAGGUAAGUUAUUUUUUUACAUAAAGAAAUACGAAAAUGGCGAGGUUGCCAAAUGGUUGAGCUCAAAACCUUUAGGAUCAGAGAUUGAAAUAAGAGGACCAUAUACUGAGUUUGUGUUUCCAUUUCAACCAAUUGAUAAAUACCCAUCCAGAUUUCCCUUGCUAGACUUGCCCUCAAAGGUUAACGCAGAUCCAUUUUCUGUUAAAGAGUUGAAAAUUCCCAAGCCUGAUAAUUAUGCUUUUUAUGCUGGUGGUACUGGUAUAACUCCGUUUUUACAAGUUUUAUUAUCUCAUAAUCCUCCUCAAGGGCAUGUUUUUCUUCACUAUUCUACGAAAACAAAGAAUGAAGUUCCAGAAAUCUUUGACAGAUAUCUUUAUUAUCUUGAAAAAUUAAAUAGAGUUACUUUGAAGCGAUAUAUCGAUGAUGAAAAAAAUUUUAUAAUAUCAAAAGAUAUUAACAAACCAUCUCUAAGCAAUUUUACAGGCAGAUCAUUACUCAACAAAGUUAUGAAAAAAGAAAUCUAUGACAGUGUUGAAUCAGAGGAACAAUCUUUAGGUCCUCAAGAUAUCAAGAUUUAUUCCAAUGCUUUAGCUCAAGCUGAUUAUGAGAAAAACACUGAAAAGCAAAAUCCAUCUUUAAGUAUAGUUUGUGGUCCUGAUGGCUAUAUAAAUUAUAUUUCUGGUUCUAAAACCGUUGAGUUGGAACAAGGCAAAGUUUCUGGUUUACUAAAACAAAAAGGUUGGUCAGAAAAUAAUGUUUUCAAGUUAUGA